AUGAGUAACUUUGCAGAAAAAAAACCACAUGCAGUGUUGACUCCAUUUCCAGCUCAAGGCCAUAUCAAUGCAUUGUUGAAAAUAGGAAAACUACUUCACCUUAGAGGCUUUCACAUAACCUUUGUCAACACCGAAUACAAUCACAAACGUUUGCUAAAAUCAAGGGGUCCAAAAGCCUUUGAUGGUUUCACUGAUUUUACCUUUGAAACGAUACCAGAUGGUUUAACUCCAAUUGAAGGUGAUGAUGAAGUAAGUCAAGACUUAUUCUCUCUUACUCAAUCAAUCAUGACGAACUUUCGCCACUUCUUUGAUGAAUUUCUGGCUAAACUUCAUGAAUCUGCCACUGCUGGUAUUAUCCCCCCAGUCACUUGCUUAGUUUCUGAUUGCUACAUGCCAUUUACAGUAGAUGCUGCCGAAGAACAUGCACUCCCAAUUGUUCUCUUUUCCCCGGUCAGUGCAUGUUACUUACUCUCUACUUCUUUGAUUCCUAAAUUGUUUCAGAAUGGUGUGCUACCACUCAAAGAUGAGAGUUAUUUAACAGAUGGAUAUUUGGACGCAACAGUAGACUGGAUUCCAGGUUUGAAAAACUUUAGAUUGAAGGACCUUCCUGAUUUAAUUAAGGUAACAGAUCCUAAUCACUUGAUCAUAAAAUAUAAAAAUGAAGUGACAGAUAAAUGUCAAAGAGCAUCUGCUUUUGUUAUCAAUACUUCUUAUGAACUUGAGAGUGAUGUUAUGAAUUCUCUCUAUUCUAUAUUCCCUUCUCUAUACACCAUUGGUCCAUUGGCUUCUUUUUUAAAUCAAAGUCCACAAUAUCACUUGGAAACAUUAGACUCUAAUCUUUGGAAAGAAGAUACUAAAUGUCUUGAAUGGCUUGAAUCAAAAGAACCAGGAUCUGUUGUUUAUGUAAAUUUUGGCAGCAUCACAAUUAUGUCUCAAGAGAAACUCUUAGAGUUUGCUUGGGGUUUUGCCAAUAGCAAAAAAAACUUUUUGUGGAUUAUUAGGUCUAAUCUUGUCAUUGGUGGCUCAGUGGUGUUGUCAUCUGAGUAUUUGAAAGAAAUUUCAAAUAGAGGCCUAAUAGCAAGUUGGUGUCCACAAGAGAAAGUUUUGAACCACCCUUCAAUCGGCGGAUUCUUGACUCAUUGCGGAUGGAACUCAACCACUGAAAGUGUAUGUGCUGGAGUGCCAAUGUUGUGUUGGCCAUUCUUUGCCGAUCAGCCACCUAACCGUAGAAUUAUUUGCAAUGAAUGGGAGAUUGGACUCGAAAUCGAUACCAAUGUGAAGAGAGAAGAUGUGGAGAGGUUAAUCAAUGAAUUGUUGGUGGGAGAGAAAGGAAAGAAGAUGAAGCAAAAGGCCAUGGAGUUGAAGAAGAUGGCAGAGGAGGACACAAGACCUGGUGGUUGUUCAUACAUGAACUUGGACAAAGUGAUUAAGGAGGUCUUGCUUAAACAAAAUUAGAUUAAUGUGAUUUUUUCUUAUUGGAUUUAUUUCUUUUGCAAGCAAGCACAA